AUGUGCGCAGUUGAGCUGCGGCGCAAGCGCGACGAGAAGUUGGCCUCCGAGGAAGUGCCGGCGCCGGAAAUAGACCCCGUCACGAAGGCCAAAGCAGCGACGGUCGUGCAAAAAGCGUGGCGGAACGACGUGGCCCGUCGCGAGGUCAAGCGCAAGCACGAUCGGCUCCUGGAGAUACUCGGCCUGGCCGUGCCGAGCUGGAACCCCAACGGGUACCUCCUCAGGGACGGCGAGGCGUGCCGGAAGGCGAACAUGGACGCCCAGCUAAGGGCCGCAUCGGUAAACGAUCGGGCACCGCAGAUCCGAGAGAGCCACGGGCUCCAAGUCAUCGAGGACGUCCAGGACGAGAUUCGCCAGUGGUUUUUCCUCUGGUUCGAAGACAUCGGCUACUUUGACUCCCUACCCCCCCAAGAGGUCGGCGGCUCCAAGCUCAUCGCCACCGGCCAGACGCGCACACCCGCCGAGUACCUAGCCGGGCUCACCGCCGAUAGCAAGCCCAAAGGGAACACCAAGAAGGAGGAGACUUCGGCGAAGGAGGAGAAGGAGGAGGAGGAGGAAGAGAAGGAGUUGGGCUGGAGCAUGCCAGAGUCAAAGGUCCUGGCCCAUCUCGAGGGAGCGAUCGACGAGUUCGGGGAGCGGUGGGCUCACCGCGUCGACGCGCUUCUCGGCUCCGGGGGCCUGCUCGUGGAUUUGGUUCGGGAGGACCUGCACUACGAACUCCAGCUGGAGAUGAGAGGGGUCGCCGACGAGUUGGCGCGGGAGGAGCUGGACAAGCUGAACCGCGGCCUCGCUGCCGAUAUCGCUCUCGAAGGGCUGCCCUUUACACCCCCCCCGCCCCAGUUUGACGUCCUCAAACCAGCCAAGGCGAGCAAGAACCAAAAAAAGAAGAAAGAGGCGCCGGUCGAGGCGCCCCUCGAGGAGGCCGAGGAGCUGUCGAUUCUGCUGGAACUCCUCGAGGAUGGCGUGCUACGGCUUCCUGGGAGCUCCGAUGGGGAACCCGAGGCCAAGCUCAGCGAGUGGCCGGGCGUGGUGAGCGUGGCCCUGGGCCCCGAGUGCCGGCUGGGCGACCUCAAGCAGCCCGUGCUGGACUACUGCGUGCUACCAGUCGGCUCAAGGUCCGUCCACGAGCUCGCGCCCCUCGUGCGCUCGGUGUGCCUCUGCGGCCCGGCCGGCAGCGGCCAGGACUUUCUUGCCCGAGCCAUCUGCGCCGAGCUCAAGGCGGCGGUGUUCGACCUCACCCCGGAAAAGCACGUGGGGCGCUUCUUGGGCCGUGACGGCCGCAACAAGCUCAUCCGGUCCGUCGUCCGGCUGGCCAAGGCCUACGCCCCGUCCGUCGUACUGGUCAGGGGCGAGUCCGCGUGGCUGAAAAAACUCCCGGCGGAGCUGCGGCCCGUCCAGCCCAAGCGGUUCGCCCCGAUCUACCAGAAAAUCGUCAACUCCAUCAAACCCGGGGACCAGGUCCUCUUCCUGACCACCUCGUCCGAGCCGUACCUGGCGAGCGCGCAGUUUACCAAGCUCCACGACAAGUUCAUCGUCGUACCGAUCGCCGACCGGUCGUCGCUCUACCGGGCCUACAAGCUCAGCCUGAUGGCCUACCACGGGAUCGACCGCAACCUCGAGCUGUCCGCCCUGGCGCGGCUGACCUCGGGCCCGCAAGGCACGCCCAUAGAGCGCGUCCCCGAAAUAAUAGCGCGGGCGUUACCGGCCACCCGGCGCAUCCAGCUCAAGAGGAGGCCGUUGCGGCCGGAGGAGCUGCUGGAGCAGUGGCUGCUGGUCGAUAGACCCGAAGACGCGCAGCUCAACGGGCUGGAGAAGUUCCGGGCUAAGCUGCCUCUCGAGGGCAAGAGGCGCAAACUCGAGGAGGCCGAGCUGGAGGGGCAGGCCCAGCCGGCCGGCAAGAAGAAAAAGUGA